CAAAGCGAGAUAACAGGUGGCUUUUCAUAUGUAUCUCCAAGAUGCCAGAGACAAAAGAAAAGGCGGAGGAUCUUAGAUUUGAAGAUGCUAUGGAGAUUGCCGGCUACGGGAAGUUCAGCAUGUACAUAAUAUUCCUUAGUGGUCUGACGGUUUCGACAUCGCUGAUGGGUUCCGUUGAUGUCUCCUUUUUGCUGCCAGCUGCGGAGUGUGAUCUUAACCUCACAUCAGAUGACAAGGGCUUGCUGGGCUCAUCCUAUUAUAUCGGUGGUAUGUUGGCAUCACACCUGGCUGGUUUCCUGGCAGAUACUCUUGGACGCAGACACGUCUUGGUCAGGGCACUGUUGUGGAAUGUACUCACUUACAUUCUUGGGUCGCUCGCUCCUAACAUAUGGAUAUUCAUCGUUUUUAAAUUGAUAUCCGGUAUACUUUUAAGUCCGCCAAUGAUUGCCACACUACCAUUCCUGGGAGAGUUUGUUCCAGCCAAAAGAAGAGCCCAAGCCUUGCUAGUUACCUCUUCUCUUUCCACUCUUGGAAUACUAUAUUCUUCUUUGGCAGGAUGGAUGACGCUGAGAGGAUCUUGGGCUGUAGACCUCUGGUUUGUCACAUUUACACCCUGGAGGUUAUUUUAUCUCGUUUGUGGUCUACCCUCCUUGUUGUGUGGCACCCUCUUCUACUUUACUCCAGAGAGUCCCAAAUUUCUUCUCACCAGGGGCAAGAAAGGGGACACCAUGAAAAUAUUACAGAGAGUGCAUUCAGUGAAUUCUGGCAAACUGCCUCACACGUUCCCUGUGGAAUCGGUUUCGAUGGAUACUGAUGAAAUAUCGCCGCCAGCCCGAGGAAAAGGAAUUGUAGGAGCACUAAAACAUAUAGGCAACCAAACCUUGCCUGUUUUUAAACCUCCAUAUUUAAGAAAUUUAUCACUCUGCAUAGUAAUAGCCUUCAUCUCUUUCUUAUGUGUGAAUGGCGUUUACCUUUGGCUACCAGAGGUGACCAAUCGUAUAGCCCAGUACAAGGACACACAUGAAGGAAGAUUUUACGUGUGUGAAAUGCUCAAGAAAGGACCGGCGGCGAAUGUUACCUCGGUAUCAGAGGAACACUCGGGCUGCCAGAUAAGCAGUCACACCGCUGUGUUUGUUCCCAGUCUCUUAGUAGCAACAGUUCAGCCCUUCAUCAUCCUCAUAGCCAGCACAGUGGUAACAUUUAUCGACAGGAGAAUUAUCAUAAGUUUUAUUUAAAUCGGAUGCAGUGUCCUUGCUUAUCUGAUAACUGUGAUACCUGAUGCCUCUGCUAUUACCAUUCUCUUGGGAUCCAUUCCCGCACUGAAUAUGGUUUCUUCCACUCUUCUCAGCAGUAUCACUGUAGAGCUCUUUCCCACUUACAUCAGGGCGAUGGCUGUAUCUGUAACUAUUAUCUGCGGACGACUUGGAUCCAUGACCGGCUCCCAGAUGUUCAGUUCCUUGAUAGAUUCUCACUGUCUGCUUAUGUUCUGGAUUAUGUCUGGUUUACUCAUCUGUUGCUCUGUAACUCCAGUCUUUUUCAGAUUUAAACAUAAAAAUCAAACAAAAACAAAUACUGAAGAACUGCCUACAGUUAAUGUCAAUGCAUAAUUGAUGAUUCAGAUGUUCAAGUUUAAGUACUAUGUUGUUAAAUAAAACAUUAGAACAAACA